ACCGCCAGCUCAAAAGAUUUUGGAACCAACAAAUAUUAAACCUGAUAUAAAAAGUAGACCGAACACAUCUAUGGAAGAGCAAAUUUUUUCAAGCAAUGCUUUAAGUACAAACAAAUCACAAGAUUCCUUUAUAGAUUCAAGUUCAGAGCCUGGAGGGUUUACGUCAGAAAAAAAUGAAAUAAAUCCAGAAAAGAUUUACGUAAAUGAAAACCAAAAGACAUCGAAUGAUGAUAGUAAUGAGCUGCCAGAUAGCAAUGACUUAACUGACGAUACAAAAGAGGCUUUUGUCAAUCAAAAUAAUAUAAAUUUAAGUAAUGAAAAUAAAAUUGAUGAAGCUCUUGCAGACAACUUGCAGUCAGAUGUGGAAGAAACAGAGAUCAAUCCAAUUCCAAUAAAGACAAGUCCAACAAUUGAUGAUAAUACAAAAGAAAAUAAUGAAGAUAUUGCCAGUAACAAACACAGUUCUUUUUAUGAGAAACUAAAAAAGUCAUUUAAAAAUCUUUUAAAUAGGCUACCAUUCAAACGAAAGCCGUUACGCGAAAAUAUAGUUACGGAAAGUAUAGGACCAAAAAAUAUUCCAACAACAUUGAACGAAAUUACUCCAGGUACAUACGGUAUGAGUUUAAAAAAUAACGGAGGAUUUGUUUGGAAUGAUUUAGACUCCAAACAUUCCACAUUCAUUAAUGUAGGUGAAACACCUUUGGUUGACAAAAAAGUAAGUCUAUAA